GCCUUUCCUGCCCUUUUUGGAUAGACCUCUACCCACUUUAUCCCACCAGAUCCAUUUGUCUUGGAGAUACCUGGCUGCAUUAUCUCUGGCGAUGUUUUCUUGUUUCUUUCUUUCGAGCUCUCUCUGUUGGGCUUCUUCUUCCUUCUUCUUUCUUUCAAGUUCAGCACUUUCAUUCUCGAGUUGGGCUUGGACUUCUCUAUGUCUUUCUUCAUCUUCUUUCCUCUUAUCCUCUAACUCUUUGAUCUCUUGAGUGAGUUUAUCAGUUUCUUGUUUAUUCUUGACAUCCCAUUUCUCAGCCUCAUUUUCAAGUUCCUGCUUCUUUGCCAAGAGGAAGGUCUUUAUUUUAUCUGAAACUUGUUUUUCACGAUUAAUUUUAUCUUCUAGCUCUCUGAUUUCAUCUUCGAGGACUGUCUCUUUUUGUUCGAAACCUCUGAGUUGGCAAAUUUCCUCUCCAUCUGCUUUAUCCUGGAGAUAUUUGAGGAGGAGAUCAGAGUCUGUUUUACUAUCAUUUAGAGUUUUUUCAAGUAAUUUGAUUUCUUUUUCAGUCUCCUCAAACUCUAGCAAUGACUCUUCGUCCUUUUCAUUAUGUUCAGUAGUGAUGUUCUUGAUCUUGGUCUGGAGUUCCUUCUCUUCUUUACGAAGUUUUCCUAAUUUUUCAUUGUUUUCAUGUCCUUCAAUAAUAGUGUCCUUAAAUUUUUGGUAAGAAAGAUCCUUCAUCUGCACAAGAAGGUCUUCAGCAAUAGCGAUCAGUUCCAUUCGAUCAUUUCUGAUCUUGAUUUGGUUUCCAUUGAUAUCAGGGUUAUCCUUCAGGACUCUGCAGAGAGCUCUUGUUGAAUCCUUUAGCUCUCUAGCGGUCUCUUUGAUUUCUUCAAUAACUUCUUGCAGUUUUUCUUUGUUCUGAAGACCUUUGAGCUGAGACCUUUGUUGGCCAAGCCUAGCAUAUUUCUUUUCAAGAUUCCGUUGUUCAGUCAUGACUCUUGAGAUCUCCUCGCUCAUCAUUUCAGACAUCUCAGAACCCAUAUUGGAUUUGAGUGAGUCCAGGAAAUAAAGUUUCUGGAUGGUCUCUUGGAAAACAACGUCGAUUUUGAAAGUUUCAAGCGCUGUUA